GAAAGAUCUGCGGGUGCGAAGCGGCCAGUUGAAGGUCAGAUGGAUUUGACCGUCCUCGUAGUUUUGCAAGUGAUGUCAUGGCCAUGUGUCUCAGCUUUGUUCACCGUGCAGGCCCCGCAACGCUUUUAUGAGGCGGAGUUCGAAGGAGACGUUGUGAUGGGCUGCAGAUUUCAGCCUGUGCCUGCCAAUCUUCAUGACGACCUAACGGUGACCUGGCAACGGGUCACUUCUACCUCGUCCAUGGAAGUGUACCGCAUGGAGAAUGGUAUGGAGAAAUUGGGAUCCCAGGACCCGCAGUACAGAGGGCGAGUCAGGCUUCUCACUGACGAGCUGAAGGACGGCUGGGCCAAGUUGCAGGUGUCCAGGCUAAGGAUCAGUGACACUGCGAGCUACCAGUGUUUGAUACAAAUUGGAGACGCUGAUUAUAAAACAAUAACUUUGUCUGUCAAAGCGCCGUAUAAAUCUGUGAAUAAAACCAUCCAGAAAUCUGCAGAUGGAGAUGAAGUGAAGCUCAUCUGCAGGUCAGAGGGACAUCCCGCGGCUUCACCCACCUGGCAUGAUGGAAACCUCGUCAGCGUUACUUCCAACAAGUCUAUUGAAAGAACACCAGAUCAGCUCUAUCGGGUCACAAGUUGGAUCCAAGUCAAAGCCUCGGAGAAAAACAACUACACAUGCAGCUUUUCAGAAGACCGCUCUGCAACAUUUCAUAUUCCAGAUGAAAUACCAAAACCUCAUGUGAGAAAUGAUGCGCUAAUUAUUGCACUGACUGCAACAGUGGUCCUGGUUGUUGUUAUUAUUGCCGUGCUCAGGCAUCGACGGCAAAAAGAUUCCAGACGUAAUGGCACCUCCAGCACCAGGAACUUCCCGGUUGGUUGUUAUGACAGCCCAGCUUCUGCUGCCUGUCUACAGGUAAAUAAACAAAGGGAAGAGGAGAAUCCUGUCAUUUUUUCUGAGGCCCUAGGGGAGCUUCUGAAAUCUCGUUACAGUAAACCGCCCUUCCACAUGGAUGUGAGGCAGCAGGAAGAGUUAACACACAAGCUGAGGAACAAUGAGGGCCAGCCUGUGAAUCUUCAAGCCUUACUCCCAGAAGCUGGACAGAUACAUCUGCUAGAGGGAGCCCCAGAAAGCGGGAAGACCACCAUAGCCCAAAUGCUGAAAUCUUCCUGGGCCGGGGGACCAACUCAUGGCCUCUUUAACCAAUCAGAGCUCAGCGUCCUUGAGCUUCUUCUAUCUGUGGACUGUAGCAAUGUGGAAAGUGACUUGUUUCAUGAAAUAAUGACACAACUUUGUCUCGAGGAAAAGAAAUCAACAGAGGAUGACUUAAGGACUCUGCUGAGCGGGUCCACGGAGGCUCUGCUGCUGUUGGAUGGGUACAGAGAGGGGAACCAAGUUUUGGAUGAUUCACUGAGGAGGUUUCUGAGAGAGAAAAAGGUGUGCCGGGUGCUGGUGACGGCCUGCCCAGGACACUGCCCCAUACUCAAGGAGACAGUCGGGACACGAGGUGUGCUGCAGCUCCAAAAUGUAGACUGUUAAGAACUGAAGAUACAAAAGACUGAGACACAAAUACAGCACACAUGUUACAUUUGAUCAGUUUAGAGACAAAA